AAUCGAGAUCAAUGCCGGUCAAUAAUGAAACGACCGAGACGCCGAAUGCCAUCAAUAUGGAAAAGAAUAAAAUUUCUGUCCUAUCAGUCCCCCUCCACGCCACUCACGGGAGGGGGAGAGGUAGAGGGAGAACUGAUAAUAAUGUCGCCUGCGAGAAAUUCCUUUAGCGGCAUUUAAGGCCACUUAAUUAUGCCCCCAUCCCCCCUUCCCCACCACCCAUAAGAAAAUAAAAAGAACCCAAUCCGAAAUUCCAGGAAUUUCGUUCGACUUUGACUCUUGUUAAAUAUCCAAACUGCUGUAUUUGUACAUGUCGUCAGUCAGUCCUCGCACCGCACCGCACCACACCUUCUUCGUUGCCGUUCCCCCCUGCCACUGCAUCUGUGGCAACUGCAUCAUCCACUCCUCGUUGCUGUAGUUUUUUAUGGCCCUGGCCUAUGAUGGGGAUGGGAUGGGAUGGGCUCUACCAAUUGCCAAUUCCCGAGCGGAAGGGAGACGAGACUCUUCGCCGGACAUCAUAAUCCCAUGCCCAGAGAGAUUGCAGUCGAGAUCCAAGCUUCUUCCAGCGUUCGAUGAACCAAUUAGAUCAAACAACUUGCACCAAAGCAGCAGCAAUACACACAGAUACCCACACACACACACACAGCGAGAUACUGGGUGCAACAAUACAACAACAAGGGAGAUGAAAGGAGGUUCGCUUCAGGGAUCGAAGGAGAAGAAUUCUUUACGUACCUCGCUCCGGUGCACGGUGGCGGUCAUCAAGUCAGCUCGUUCAACAUUCAAGAGGCAUCGAUGAUAAUAUUCAUUCAUUUGAUCAAACCGCCGACGAUGUUGUCGACGACCAAGACGACUUUCAUUAUGCCCUCUUCUCCUCGGUAUCCACCUCAGCCUCCUUCUCUUACUCCUCCUCCUCCUGCUGUUGCUGUUGCUUCUUCUUGGCCCUGGCUCUAAAGCCAUUGGGCCAGGCCUGGGCGGCCGCCCAAAACUAAAUUCAGCACUGAGGCUGAGGGGAAAUAAGAAAACAUAUUGCCAAAGUAGCAGCUACAGCAAAACCAGCAAGUCCAAUAUCAACAACAACAUAAAAAGAAUCUCAACAGCAGCAAGAUGGGUCUCAGAGUCUCAGAGAAGAUUCAA